AUGCUACUCGCUGCAGCAUGGCGACGUUCAGCGUUAUAUGUGUUGGCGCCUAGUAGCCUUGUCCAGUUGAGAUUCCGCCAGCAGCUAAAGGCAUCAACAAUUUACGCUCUAAAAAUACCAAGCUGCACUAGAGAAUACGCAAAUUCUAAAAAGAAGAAGAAGAAGAAGAAACAGGCUACAGAUAUCGCCCAGCCUGCGGAUACCACCAAGUCUAUAGAAAUUGGGUCGCCACUGUUGUCCGAAGCAUUUACCACGGUGGACCUAGUGCCGAAGCAACCAUAUAGGAUAGGAGAUGGUCCGACCCUAUCGCCGGAGCAGGAGGACCUGGUUUCACGUGCAGUUGAGGGUCACAACAUCUUUUACACCGGCUCGGCAGGCUGUGGGAAAUCGACAGUGCUGAGAGAAAUCAGGCAGCGUCUCAUGCGAAUGGAUAAGAAUGUCCAUGUUUUGGCACCGACAGGCAAGGUGGCGAUGGCAAAUGGCGGCAAGACAACCUGGUCGUUUGCCGGAUGGACGCCCAACACGCACAAAUUCAGUCUAUCCGAGCUGAAAGAAUUCUCAACAGGUCGCAUUCUGCUGGAGAGGUUUAGGAACGCCGACACAAUCAUUGUGGAUGAGAUUAGCAUGGUGGAAGCCAUGCAUUUCAACCGACUAAAUGAAAUUAUGAAGGCCGCGCACUCUCCAUUCGACGAGAGAUCUACUCUUCCAUUUGGCGGUACUCAGAUCAUUGUUACAGGGGAUUUUUGCCAGUUGCCCCCAGUCAAACCCACCGAGUGCGGCGCCUCUUACCAUGAUGAUGAUAAAUGGGCCUUUAGAAGCAAAGCAUGGGACGAAUGCAAUUUUGAGCAUGUGUACCUGAAAGAGGUGCACCGGCAAAAAGACCCAGAGUUUGUUAGACUCCUACAAAAAUGUCGACUGGGUCUGGGGAUGAACGACUCUGAGCUCGACCUUCUGGCCAAUUGUAACAAAACGACGGAUUCUUAUGCAGUGAGACUCUUUCCCACACGGGAUGAAGUUCGAAAAGUCAACGAUGCUGAGUUUCGGCGCAUUAGAACUCCUAUACAGACUUACAACGGCAAGGGAAUUAGAAACACGGACGACUCUCUGAAAGAAUUAAAAGACCACGCAUUCGACAUUGAACUCAAUCUUAAACAAGGGAUGCAGGUCUUGCUCUUACACAAUAUCAACGUAUCAUUGGGCUUGGUCAAUGGCGCUCAAGGAGUCAUAAUAGGCUUUCAGCCAUUUGAGAAUGAGCCACCAAAAUUAGAGAUACUUAAUGAAGACUUGCCUGUAUACUGGCCAGCAUACGACGUCGAUAAGGAAAAGAUCCUGGAGUUUAUGAUGGGAUGUAGGGAGGCUAACGGGUGGCCGAUUGUUCGGUUUCAAAACGGCGUGACAAGGACGAUCUAUCCUAUCCCCCUAGCGGCUGCAUGGGCUCUGACUGUCCAUAAAUCACAAGGAAUGACACUGGAUAACGCAGUUGUGAAUCUGACCCGAGCAUUUACAGAUGGUCAAAUAUAUGUGGCCCUAUCUAGACGUUUCAGAGGAAAUCUGCAAGUACUGCGAUGGCUGAAAGAAAAGUUUGGUCAGAGUAUUGUCGUGGAUGAAUGA